CUGACAGCACAUCCUUCUUUCUAGACACUCAGCGCCACAUCCCACAUCCCACUGUCCUUCCCCCGCCUCCUUUCCGGCCGACAACCAUUGGUGAUAACACAACCAUUGGGAGAAAACCACGAAACUCGGUCGAAAUUGUACAGAUUUUACAUCUCUUCUGGUCACACUGUUUGUGCUUGAACCUCACCACACUUGAUCACAAACUCGCUCUAGCGGUCCAGUAGCCGUCAUGGCUGAACUAGACACUCUGGACGUUAUCGUCCUCGGAGUCAUUUUCCUUGGAACGGUCGCAUACUUCACAAAAGGAAAGCUAUGGGGUGUUACCAAGGACCCUUAUGCCAAUGGCUUCGCUGCCGGCGGCGCUGCCAAGCCUGGUCGCACGAGAAACAUCGUCGAGGCCAUGGAGGAAUCUGGCAAGAACUGUGUCAUCUUCUAUGGUUCUCAGACUGGUACCGCUGAAGAUUAUGCUUCCCGUCUCGCCAAGGAGGGUAAGAGUCGAUUCGGACUCAACACCAUGAUCGCCGAUAUUGAAGACUACGAUUUCGAUAGCCUGGAUACUGUCCCCAACGACAACGUUGUCAUGUUUGUCCUCGCAACUUACGGUGAAGGCGAGCCUACCGACAACGCAGUCGAUUUCUACGAGUUCAUCACUGGUGAGGAUGCCACCUUCAACGAGGGCAAUGACCCCCCUCUGGGCAACCUCAACUAUGUCGCUUUCGGUCUCGGAAACAACACCUACGAACACUACAACGCCAUGGUCCGUAAAGUUGACCAGGCUCUUGAGAAAUUUGGUGCUCACCGCAUCGGCGAAGCUGGUGAAGGUGACGAUGGCGCUGGUACCAUGGAAGAGGACUUCUUGGCCUGGAAGGAUCCCAUGUGGGAGUCCCUUGCUAAGAAAAUGGGACUGGAAGAGCGCGAAGCCGUUUACGAGCCUAUCUUUGCCAUUAACGAGCGUGACGACCUGAGCCCCGAAUCCAACGAAGUCUAUCUCGGUGAACCUAACAAGCUGCAUCUCGAAGGCACUGCCAAGGGUCCCUUUAACUCUCACAACCCCUACAUUGCCCCUAUUGCCGAGUCAUACGAGCUCUUCUCUGCCAAGGACAGGAACUGCCUUCACAUGGAAGUCGACAUCAGCGGUUCUAACCUCAAAUACGAAACUGGUGAUCACAUUGCUAUCUGGCCCACAAAUCCUGGUGAGGAGGUUAACCGUUUCUUGGAUAUUCUCGAUCUCUCCGGCAAGCAGCACAGCGUCAUCACCGUUAAGGCUCUUGAGCCUACCGCCAAGGUUCCCUUCCCUAACCCUACGACCUACGAUGCCAUUCUGCGAUACCAUCUCGAGAUCUGCGCUCCUGUUUCCCGUCAAUUCGUUUCUACUCUCGCUGCUUUCGCUCCCAACGACUCUAUCAAGGCUGAGAUGAACCGUCUCGGUAGCGAUAAGGACUACUUCCACGAGAAGACCGGCCCUCACUACUACAAUAUUGCUCGUUUCCUCUCCAGUGUUAGCAAGGGUGAAAAGUGGACCACGAUUCCCUUCUCCGCCUUCAUCGAGGGUCUCACCAAGCUCCAGCCCCGCUAUUACUCCAUCUCCUCCUCUUCUCUGGUUCAGCCUAAGAAGAUUUCCAUCACCGCCGUCGUCGAGUCCCAGCAAAUUCCUGGCCGAGAUGACCCUUUCCGCGGCGUCGCUACCAACUAUCUCUUUGCCCUGAAGCAGAAGCAGAACGGCGACCCCAGCCCAGCACCUUUUGGUCAGACAUACGAGCUUACAGGUCCCCGCAACAAGUACGAUGGUAUCCAUGUCCCCGUCCAUGUUCGUCACUCCAACUUCAAGCUACCUUCGGACCCUGGAAAGCCUGUCAUCAUGAUUGGCCCUGGUACUGGUGUCGCUCCUUUCCGUGGUUUCGUCCAGGAACGUGCCAAGUUGGCCCGCGAUGGUGUUGAGGUCGGAAAGACUCUAUUGUUCUUCGGUUGCCGAAAGCCCAGUGAAGAUUUCAUGUACGAGAAGGAAUGGCAGGAAUACAAGGAGGCUCUCGGCGACAAGUUCGAGAUGAUCACAGCCUUUUCUCGAGAAAGCGCCAAGAAGGUUUAUGUUCAGCACCGACUUAAGGAGAGAGCACAAGAGGUCAGCGACCUGCUCUCCCAGAAGGCCUACUUCUAUGUUUGUGGUGAUGCUUCAAACAUGGCUCGCGAGGUCAACACUGUUUUGGCGCAAAUCAUUGCCGAAGGACGUGGAGUGUCUGAGGCUAAGGGUGAGGAGAUUGUGAAGAACAUGAGAUCGGCAAACCAAUAUCAGGAGGAUGUUUGGUCAUAAAAACGCUCAGCGGCAUGCUGCAUUUGAGUUUAUUGGUGGCAAUGACUUGUCAGGUUUAAAAGGCUGGCGUUCUGCUCCACUACUAUCCAUACACAGUGGUGGUGAUUUUUGAUGAAUGUAUUCGGAGUAGACUUGGGUCCUUUCCUACAGGUUAUAGAACGGGUGGUUUUGGGAUGGACUGGUACAUAUGCGAUAAAUGGUUUGUGACAUCUACACUGUUGUAAUUUCAUGUCACCACAUAUUGAGAGAACGUCAUUUACCUAUUUCCGUUGCCAAUGCGCCCUCAACCCGCCUUGAUCCAGACAUGCAAGCAGAAGCAAGUUAGUAAAGUGCCAUUGUGACCGUCGUGUGUAGCCUGCUCAAGCUUGUAUGCCACGAGACGACGUAGUGGCUAGAGUGCUUACCCUGCACCUACGUGAACAACAAGAGUUUCUUCUUCUUUAGAACGACUCUCUGUGGUCUAGAACUGGUGACCCGAGAGUGAGCCAUGGAAGCGCUGUUGGUGCCAUUCGACCUACGGGCAGAGACAACAGUAAAAAAGGAGUUCAAGAUGGGUGUUAAAGGCCACUCGCAGCAGACUGAACGGCAAGACAUGGAAGUCAGGGAUUACGAUCAGCGUUUGAAUACCCAGGAACUGAGUGUAGCAACGAACAUAGAUGUUACGGAGCCAUGCAUGCAAAUGCGUUCGUGGAGUAAAUGAGACUCGCAAAACUCCCGCUUCAAAGAGCAUGUCCCUUCGACUGACGACUCACUCAAUAAAAUUAUGCAUUCUAAAGCCACUUAAUUCAAGGCCGAGUACGGAUGCAAGCCAAGAAGGAGUUUGGUAGCUCAUAGACAAGCGUUUGCCAAUACCGAGUGCAUCUGGAGAAGGAGACGAAUAGACGAUAAACCACUGCGCAUGGAAACCUGCAGGAACAUAAAGCAUGCUGAGCUACUUGAGAGGGGGGGAUUGCGGAAUAUGUUCUAAAGGACGCGAACUCUUAUGUUCAGCUAUUCCCUCGUAGAGAAUAAAACCGCCAUAUC